AAUCCCCCAAACGUCCAGUAGAAUAGAAAGCACCCACCAUGUCGUUGAUAUUAUUGAAAAGUCCCUCCUUCUCCAAUUCUGCUCUGGACCAGAAUUUCCAAUUCCCAGCCACUUCAAUUCCACUUUCUACUUUGAAAUUUUCGAGACAUGGAAAAUGGGUUUCUCUAAGAAACAAAUUUCGCGCGAAGUCCGAUACAAAUGCCAACGAACAAUUAUCCCAGGAAAGUGUUUCAGCCUCGACCGAUGGCACUGGCAGCAGUUCAACUGCUUUCUUGUCCUUUCUUUGUCCCCUGCUCAGGCUCUUAUCUGGAGGAGAUCCCUCUCGAGAACGAAAUAAUGCUUUGGAGGUAGCAACAUCUUCAUUAUCAACCUUGGCUCGAUUUCCGUGGGGAUCAAGGUCAUUAUCAGAUAGUUUCGACAACCAAGAGACAACAAUUUCAAAUUCUCCUAAACAUUUACAGCUCUAUGAAUUUGAAGCAUGUCCCUUCUGCCGGAGGGUACGAGAAGCCAUGACUGAGUUAGACCUUUCAGCUGAGGUGUAUCCUUGUCCAAAAGGCUCUGCAAGGCACAGGGAAAUGGUCAGAAAAAUUGGUGGCAAAGAACAGUUUCCUUUUCUAAUUGACCCAAACACUGGUAUUUCAAUGUAUGAGAGUGGUGACAUUGUGAAAUAUCUAUUUCAGCAAUAUGGUAAAGGGAGAAACCCCUCAGUGGGACUCUUGGAAAGCACCUUGUUUACAGGAUGGAUGCCAACAAUUCUUCGUGCUGGCAGAGGGAUGACCAAAUGGGAAAGGGUGAAAUUGGAUCCACCACCCAAGAAGUUGGAGCUUUUCUCAUAUGAGAACAAUCCAUAUGCAAGAAUCAUACGGGAGGCAUUAUGUGAAUUGGAGCUUCCGUACAUACUUCAAAACGUUGGAGCAGGAUCUAAGAGAGCAAAAUUGCUGCUAGAUGUAUCUGGAUCGCAGGAGGUGCCAUUUUUAGUCGACCCCAACACGGGCACUCGAAUUGGUGACUACAAGAAGAUCUUAGCUUAUAUAUUUGAGGCUUAUUCAACAGCUCCAGAAUAAUCUUCUUCAACACCAGGUUCUACGUCACUUGAAAAAUGCUAGUAGGCAAUCAUGUACAUGCUGUAUAAUCUGUAUUAUAUAAUGUCAUGACAUACUGUACAAUGUCAUGACACACUGUAUAAUACUUAAUUUAAUGCCUAGAGGGAUCUCUCUUACAAUUGUUAGUUCGUGUUUCAACUUUUGACUUUGUUUAAAUGAUAUUUGACACUACUGGAUGGUGCUUUGAAGUAACAUUUUUAUUCAACUCA